AGGCGGAGAACAAUAUGGUGGAUGGCGAGGAGCCGGAGAAGAAAAGAAGGAGAAUAGAGGAGCUGCUGGCUGAGAAACUGGCUGUUGAUGGUGGGUGUGGGGACACUGGAGACUGGGAAGGUCGCUGGAACCAUGUAAAGAAGUUCCUCGAGCGAUCUGGACCCUUCACACACCCUGAUUUCGAACCGAGCACUGAAUCUCUCCAGUUUUUGUUAGAUACAUGUAAAGUUCUAGUCAUUGGAGCUGGCGGCUUAGGAUGUGAGCUCCUGAAAAACCUGGCCUUGUCUGGUUUUAGACAGAUUCACGUUAUAGACAUGGACACUAUAGAUGUUUCCAAUCUGAAUAGGCAAUUUUUAUUUAGGCCUAAAGAUGUUGGAAGACCUAAGGCUGAAGUUGCUGCAGAAUUUCUAAAUGACAGAGUUCCUAAUUGCAAUGUAGUUCCACAUUUCAACAAGAUUCAGGAUUUUGACAACACUUUCUAUCGACAAUUUCAUAUAAUUGUAUGUGGACUGGACUCCAUCAUAGCCAGAAGAUGGAUAAAUGGCAUGCUGAUAUCUCUUCUAAAUUAUGAAGAUGGUGUAUUAGAUCCAAGCUCCAUUGUCCCUUUGAUAGAUGGAGGGACAGAAGGUUUUAAAGGAAAUGCCCGGGUGAUUCUACCUGGAAUGACUGCUUGUAUUGAAUGCACGCUGGAACUAUAUCUACCACAGGUUAAUUUUCCCAUGUGCACCAUUGCAUCGAUGCCCUGGCUACCAGAACACUGUAUUGAGUAUGUCAGGAUAUUGCAGUGGCCUAAGGAGCAGCCUUUUGGAGAAGGGGUUCCAUUAGAUGGUGAUGACCCUGAUCAUAUUCAGUGGAUUUUCCAAAAAGCCCUGGAAAGAGCAUCACAAUAUAAUAUUAGAGGUGUUACAUAUAGACUCACUCAAGGAGUAGUAAAACGAAUCAUUCCUGCAGUAUCUUCCACAAAUGCAGUCAUUGCAGCUGUGUGUGCCACUGAGGUUUUUAAAAUAGCCACAAGCGCAUAUAUUCCCCUUAAUAAUUACUUGGUUUUCAACGAUGUAGAUGGACUAUACACAUAUACAUUUGAAGCAGAGAGAAAGGAAAACUGCCCAGCUUGCAGCCAGCUUCCUCAAAACAUUCAGUUUUCUCCAUCAGCUAAACUGCAGGAGGUUUUGGAUUAUCUCACCAAUAGUGCUUCUCUGCAGAUGAAAUCUCCAGCUAUCACAGCCACAUUAGAGGGCAAAAAUAGAACACUUUACUUACAGUCAGUAAUCUCUAUUGAAGAACGAACAAGGCCAAAUCUCUCCAAGACAUUGAAAGAAUUGGGACUCGUUGAUGGACAAGAACUGGCAGUUGCUGAUGUCACCACACCACAGACUGUACUAUUCAAACUUCAUUUUACUUCUUAAGGAAAAUAAAUCUGCACAUAAUAGAAAACUCAUGAAAAUAUUAUACUUUGUGGAUGCUAAGAAAUAUAAUUGAUGUCAUUUUUAGCAUUA